UUAACUAGCCAACCAUUUGGAGGUACAAUUCUGAAAGCCAGUUUAACGAGCCUAUCCAUAGAUUUUCUUGCAUAUCAAAUGCAUUUCAAAUGCCCAAUGGCUUCAGACACUUGUUUGAAUUCAAGUCAUUUGUUAUCAUUAGAAAUUACUCUAUUAUUCCCUGGAAAAUGUGCCAAGGCAGUUUGGAAUUUUCACUGAUGAGACGUUUUCUCAAGCUGACAACUCUUUUUAAUUGAUCAACUUGAAGGAGCUCUUUAACAUUUGUGACAUUGUACUGUGCUGUGAAUUCUUCAGUGACAGAGAGAUGCUGCGAGGUCCGGUCAUGCUGAAGAACCGAUGCGGUGUUCUAUUCGGCGACCUGAAGGUGCUGCUACUUCGGCCACCUGUUCCGGCGAGAUCCUCAAUCCCCAUGAGCGGAUACACACCUGACCGCCUCGAGGCUGUCGUCCCUUUUGUCGUUGAUGUAGCGAACAACAACAAUACGUUCAGGACACACCUAGGGCCCAGCGAGACAUGGCCUUCUGCCCCACCAGCAGGGGGCGCCAGCGGGACAGAGGGAGAUAGACAGGUGGGGGCUUCAGGCUGGGUGGAUUCGGUUGAGCCGUUGAGGGUAUUAGGUGGAAGCAGCUCCUCCGACAGCUGGGCUAGAGACAAGCUGGAACAGAGGUUCUCCCUGGGCAGCUAUAGUGACAGUGGUGGUGUCAGGUCGCCUGUCUGCAGAAUCUGCUUCCAGGGACCUGAAACGGGGGAGCUGCUGAGCCCAUGUCGCUGCAGUGGGUCGGUCCGCUGUACCCACCAGCCAUGCCUCAUCAAGUGGAUUAGUGAGAAGGGCUCCUGGGCCUGUGAGCUCUGCUACUACAAAUACCAGGUCAUCGCCAUCAGCACCAAGAACCCACUGCAGUGGCAGUCCAUCUCCCUGACAGUGAUAGAGAGAGUCCAGAUAGCUGCUGCGCUGCUCGGGUCUCUGUUUCUGAUGGCCAGUCUGUCUUGGCUGGUGUGGUCCUCCUUCAGCCCCUCGGCUCGCUGGCAGAGACAGGAUCUGCUUUUCCAGAUCUGCUACGGCCUGUAUGGAUUCAUGGACAUUGCCUGCAUCGCUCUGAUCAUCCACGAAGCCCCGUCUGUGUUUCGUAUCUUUAGCCGCUGGCAGGCGGUCAACCAAAAGUGGAAGGUUCUUAACUAUGACAAGGCCACAGACAAUGAGGACCUGAACAAAGCAGCCACAGAAAGGACACAGUGUCAGUCUGAGCCCAGGCCCCAGGCUUCAACCGGAGCCGGACAGUCCACCUCACUCAUCUCCCCUGGUGCUUUUGCCCCCACAGCGGUGGACCUGGUUCCAGCCCCAGGCACCACCGGGACAGGGCUAGCUCCAGAGGGUUCCCCUGAAGCCAGGGGGCCAGUAGGACCAGACCAACCCUGUGCUGCCUACAACAUCCUCCACCUCCUCAGCCACCUGCGUCUGUCCGAGCCCCGUGGCCACCCCAGCCGGAGCACCCGGGAGCUGGUCAUGAGAGUCACUACAGUCUGAGGAUGUUCCUGAGGUUUUGGCAGCUGUGGAGAGCCUAAACAUUGACAGGAAGUGGUUGGUCUUAAUGAACCAACACAAUGCUCUUAAAUGACUGAAAUGCAUCUUUGAUGUCCUUGCAAGGAAUGAAUAAAACAUUUGAGGUUGUUUCAUUAGUUUAUUUUGGGGUGUCCCCUAAGAUAAUAAAGAAAUACAGAAAAGACAUACUUAAGGUAUAUCUGUCUGUCUCUCUGGGUCAACCCUUUUCAGAUACAGAGAGGCAUUUUUUAUUCCAUUUGGACAUUUAUGUCUCAGGUUCUACAAGGAAUCAAAAAUAGUUCACCAAAAGGGUCAACCAAAUAACCCUUACAGAACCCUUUUUUUUUUACAUUUUACUGCUAGACAUUGGCCAUCUUUUCUCAACAACUGUUCUAAGUGUGUCCAGUGACAGGUAGAAAUGUCCCCAUUGCAAUGCAACAAUCAUUGUGUUUGGGUUCUACCAAUCAGGUUACACCUCUGGGUCUGAAAAAACACGUCUUCCUUCUGAAGAGUAUGUUAAGAGCUAACUCAUCAGAAGAAAAUGUCAUUCACAUAAAGAAUAAGGUUAUAUCAACCGUAUAAACAUCCACAAUAGCAUGGGGAAGUCUAGUUCUCUUUACCAUCUGAAGCCUGUGUGGAGAUACUGUGUUUCUCUCAGUGAUUCUUUUGUUGUCAGUAAAACCUGGAGUCUCUCUCUGCUGCCGUUCAGGAGGCUCCAAAAAAUUUUGUGGAAGAAUUUGAGCCAUGAGGAAUUCAUACAAAUCAGGAGGACAGUGUUUGCCCUGGUCAAAGGAAGUGUUCCACAGGAGGAGGAGGGUGCCAUUUGGGAUGCAACCGGGAGUUCUCCUCACACAUCUCUGUACAUCUGUUUCUACUCUGCUGCAGUAGAAACAGAUGUAUCUUUGAUAAAUGAAAACUAACAUGGAACUGUCCAACAUGAUUUAAAAAUUAAAACUGUUAAUAAAAAAACACAUGCAAUGUAGUGCAUGAUUAGAAUACACGAUUUCUCUGGAAGUCAGACAUUAACAUAUCUUUGGGAUGAUUCAGUGUGAUAGAAGCUGUAUUUGCUUGAAAUCUGUAUUUGGGAAACCUGUGGUAUUUUACCGGAGCCAGGGUACUGGAGAGAGUUACCAAGAAGACUGUUCUGGGCCUAUGAGCUGAAUUACAAAGAGAACUGGUCCUCUUAGCAGAGUAAUAGAAAGAUCAGGACCUCUUUUAGUCCAGUGUUUGGUGUUGGGGAGAGAUCAGAUCUUAUAGAUCAGGGCCUCUUUUAGUCCAGUAUUUGUUGUUGGAGAGAGAUCAGACCAUAAAGAUCAGGACCUCUUUUAGUCCAGUAUUUGUUGUUGGAGAGAGAUCAGACCAUAAAAGAUCAGGGCCUCUUUUAGUCCAGUAUUUGGUGUUGGAGAGAGAUCAGACCAUAAAAGAUCAGGGCCUCUUUUAGUCCAGUAUUUGGUGUUGGAGAGAGAUCAGACCAUAAAAGAUCAGGGCCUCUUUUAGUCCAGUAUUUGGUGUUGGAGAGAGAUCAGACCAUAAAAGAUCAGGGCCUCUUUUAGUCCAGUAUUUGGUGUUGGAGAGAGAUCAGACCAUAAAAGAUCAGGGCCUCUUUUAGUCCAGUAUUUGGUGUUGGAGAGCUCCAGUAUUUCAAUGUUUAUUCAAGGAUCAUGCAAUGUUUCGAGCAAAAAGCAGGAAAAGAAAGAAACAUUUCAAAUAACCUUUUAUAGUGCAGGGGUUAAGGAGAUCUUUUGAGAAAUGUUUAACUUAAUGAAUUAAGUAUCUGGGGUAUGUCUGUUGCUUCAAUUCAGUCUUAUGUGAGAACGGUAGGCCCUAUCUGGGUAACCAGGCUGUCUACAGAAAGCAAUCUUUGGUGUGACUCGCCAGCUUAGAAGUCUACCAUGUUGUUAUUACACACAUAGU